AUGGCGCCAUCUAUACCACCUGCCGCCGGUAGCGGUACACCGUCGACAGCCGCCGAAACACUUCAUAUGGCCACCACUACCAUUAAAGUUGAUGGAAUGACAUGCGGCGCCUGUACAUCGGCGGUAGAAUCAGCCUUCGAGGGUGUUGCUGGAGCUGGAGAGGUCUCGGUCAGUUUAAUGAUGGGAAGGGCGGUAGUACACCACGACCCGGACGUUUUACCUGCCGAAAAGGUUACGGAGAUUAUUGAAGAUCGCGGUUUUGACGCUGAGGUUCUGAGUACGGAUAUACCAAAAACGGAAAAUGAUAAAUCAAUGAAGGAUUUCAGACCGUCACAGUGCACGACAACUCUCUCCGUUCAGGGAAUGACCUGUGGCGCUUGUACAUCCGCAGUUGAGGGCGGGUUCACCGACGUCCCAGGAGUCGAAUCGGCAACAGUAUCUCUACUCUCGGAACGAGCUGUCGUUAUACAUGACCCCUCGGUUAUAACGGCUGAACAAAUCGCAGAGAUUAUUGAAGACCGAGGUUUUGAUGCAAGCGUCAUAGAAUCGAAAAACUCCGAUUCGGAUCCUUCGGGAGUCACACCAUCGGGGAAAUCAUCUGCACAAAUGAAGUCUACAGUGUCUAUCGAAGGAAUGACAUGUGGAGCCUGUACAUCCGCUGUAGAGAACGCUGUAACUGGGCUACCCGGUCUUAUCCGUUUUAACAUAAGUCUGCUAGCAGAGCGUGCUGUUAUUGUCCACGACCCAUCCGUUCUUCCAGCAUUGAAGAUAUCUGAGGCUAUCGAGGAUGCCGGAUUUGAUGCACGGAUCCUGUUCUCCGAGCCCGACAGCUCCAUAAACUCCACAACUUCCACGCCUCUCAACUUCAAUGUACACGGGAUUUCUGACGCAGCCUCCGCGGCAGACCUGGAGGAUGUUCUUCGCAAAACACCAGGUAUCUUGUCUGCCAGCGUUCGACUAUCAAACUCCCAAGCUUCAGUGUCCUUCGACCCAUCGCAAAUAGGAAUCCGGGCUGUAGCCAAAGUGUUCGAGGAUGCCGGCUACAAUGCUUUACUCGCAGAAUCCGACGACAACAACGCUCAACUUGAAUCCCUUGCAAAAACACGGGAGAUCCAGGAAUGGAAAAGGGCCUUCAUCAUUUCAUUAUCUUUCGCCGUACCCGUCAUGUUAAUAAGCAUGAUCUUCCCCAUGUACCUACACUUCCUCGACUUCGGCAGCUUGGAACUAAUUCCCGGAUUAUUCCUCGGAGAUGUCGCCUGCAUGUUUCUUACGAUACCCGUCCAAUUCGGCAUCGGCAUGAGGUUUUAUCGGGCAGCCUUCAAGUCGCUAAAGCAUCGUUCACCAACCAUGGAUGUCCUCAUCAUGCUUAGUACUUCGCUUGCUUUCUCCUUCAGCAUCUUAGCAAUUCUUGUCUCCGUGCUUCUACCACCGCAUAGCAAGCCUAGCACUGUUUUCGAGACCAGCACGAUGCUUAUCACAUUUAUUACGUUAGGACGGUGGCUGGAAAAUCGGGCCAAGGGCCACACCUCGCGCGCUCUCUCUCGGCUCAUGUCUCUUACCCCUUCAAUGGCAACAAUCUAUGACGACCCGGUUGCUGCGGAGAAGGCUGCUGAGAGUUGGAAGAAAUCAGCUAGUUCUAAGCCAGUAAAUAAGCCCGAGUCAACUUCGGCAGCCGUUCACUCAGGUCAAAAGAUCAUACCUACCGAACUUAUCCAAGUCGGUGAUAUCGUGUGCAUCCGGCCAGGCGAUAAAAUCGCCGCUGAUGGUAUCGUUAUUCGUGGCGAGAUGUAUGUCGAUGAAAGCAUGGUAACAGGUGAAGCCAUUCCCAUUAACAAAACUACGGGCCACCAUGUAAUCGCUGGUACGGUCAACGGCACCGGAUGGGCAGAUUUCCGGGUAACAAGAGCUGGUAGAGACACCCAAUUGAGCCAAAUCGUUAAGCUGGUUCAGGAAGCACAGACAAACCGUGCACCCAUACAGAGAAUGGCAGAUACCGUCGCUGGGUAUUUUGUUCCUACAAUUAUUACUCUGGGCUUCGUCACCUUUUUCGGAUGGAUGAUACUGAGCCAUCUCCUCCCCCACCCUCCUAAAGUUUUUCUUGUCGGAGGUAGCGGAGGAACGUUGAUGGUAUGUCUGAAGAUUUGCAUAUCUGUCAUUGUCUUCGCAUGCCCUUGUGCGCUAGGGCUCAGUACCCCAACUGCGGUCAUGGUCGGAACUGGUGUUGGUGCUGAACAUGGUAUCUUGGUCAAGGGUGGUGCCGCGCUGGAAGCCGCCACCAAAGUCAAACAUGUUAUAUUUGAUAAGACUGGAACUAUAACUAUGGGCAAGACAAGCGUUGCAGAGGCAAAAAUGGAACCAACAUGGUCUACGAAUGAAUGGCGGCGCCAACUAUGGUGGGUUAUUGUAGGGUUGACUGAAAUGACGAGUGAGCACCCAAUUGGCAAAACUAUAGUUUCAAAAGCCAAGUCUGAAUCAGGGUUAUCGAACGAUGACCCCCUUGAUGGUGCUGUGAUCGACUUUGAAGCAGUGGUUGGUAAGGGUGUUUCUGCCACUGUUGAGCCUACCUCUGGUCCCGAACGCCAACGAUACAUGAGCCACAUCGGAAAUGCAGUUUUUAUGCGUUCUAAGGGAAUUAAGAUUCCAGACUCUGCCAAUCCUGAUCUUCAAAAGCAAAAAUUUAAAUCAGAGGCACUUGAAACGGCAACAGUAAUUCAUGUUGCCAUCAGUGGCCAAUACGCCGGAACACUCUGGAUACAAGAUUCAAUCAAACCCUCUGCGAAAGCGGCCGUUGCAGCUCUACACCGCAUGGGCCUUACGACUUCGCUUGUGACAGGAGACACUUACGAUACUGCACUCGCUGUAGCAAAUGAAGUUGGUAUACCAUCAGACUCCAUCCAUGCUUCUGUCAGCCCUCUAGAGAAACAGGCAAUUAUAAGCAAACUCCAAACCCCUGAAUACCCUAUUGCCAUGGUUGGAGAUGGCAUCAACGACUCUCCUGCGCUAGCCACUGCCUCGGUUGGAAUUGCACUCGCGUCCGGUACAGAAGUUGCCAUGGAAGCAGCUGACAUUGUUCUUAUGCGUCCAGAGGAUCUACUUUUAGUACCCGCAAGUCUAUGUCUGUCAAGAUCCAUUUUCAACCGUAUCAAGAUCAACCUUCUUUGGGCCUGCGUAUACAAUGCCAUCGGUAUACCAUUUGCGAUGGGGCUAUUCUUGCCUUUCGGUGGUGUGUCUCUUCAUCCCAUGGCUGCUGGUGCGGCUAUGGCAGCUUCGAGUGUCAGUGUGGUUGUUAGCAGUUUACUUCUAAAGUUCUGGAAACGACCUAGCUGGCUUAAGAUUGAACGCUUGGAGAGGGAGGUCGAUGAGGGUUUGAUAGAUUCUACGGGCCAGGCGUACGGGAAACGAGAGAAAUGGUGGAAGAAAUCCCCCUUCACAUCUCCGGUAUCCCCUGCCAAGAAUAAUUGGGCCGGUGCCUUCCGGUUUAUAUCCCGGGCUAUGGGAAGAGGCAGCAAACCUACGGAGGAAGACGGUUACGUACCACUACAAACAGUGGAUAACGGACAGUAG